GUAGUGAAUAUAUUGAGAUAUCUACGAAAUGUCCUUAAAACGAUAUGCAAUCAUUGCUGCAGUAAGCUAUCAUAAUAAUCAUCAAAAUAAUAAUCAAAAUACUUCAACUAAUGCAACAGGAACGUUAGCAACAUCUUCCCAAUAUCAACGAUGGCAAAAUCUAUCUUCAGCAAUAGCGACGGCUAGAGCUGCUUUGAAUAAUACCACUGUCUCAAACAACACCAACAAUGCUGGAAAUACUAUUACUCCUUAUACUGGUGGUGGGUUAGGUCUUUUUCAUCAACAAAAUAUACGUGCAAAUUCCGCUGGUAAUAGUGGCCCAGGAGGUGUGGGUCUUUUAAAUGGUGUGGGCGGUAAUAACUAUUCACAUGCGAUCAAUGGAAAUGUUAAUUUAUUGCUUGGCGGUGCCAUGCUUUCCCUGGUAACAACAAUACUAUGCGUUGUUUGCUAUUGUUGCCAUCGUAAUAUAAAAAAAAGAACGGAGGCCGCAUACAGACAACAACAUCAAUGGCUGGAAAAUGACCCCAACAUGGAAAUAUACAGUGUGGAGCAGUGCUAUGAAACAUCUGGCUUAUUUUUGGGAGAGUCUUCAGAUGGUUUGUCUACAUUUCCAACGCUACAUCAUGAACCACCACCAUCCUAUGAUUCAGUUGUGGCUAUGCAGGAGCAACAACUAUUACAGCAACAACAACAGCAACAUUUAUUGUUGCUGCAUCAUCAACAACAACAACAACAAAUGCAAAUGCAAAUUCAACGCAAUUCACCUCCUCCUGGUUAUCGUUCAUCUCUCGAUGUAAGUGGCAUAGCGUCCACAUCAAUAUUAUCGUGUAAUCGAGGUGCACCUGAUGGUAUGGACACAGCUAGCGAUGGUAAUGGCAACUUAAGCAACACUACCAGCAGUGGAAAUAUAUAUGUCCAACGUAAACAAUUUACUAACAACAACAACAACAACGACAAUAAAGUUUCCGUUAAUACAGGCGGAAAUGCAAUUUUGAAUAUUAAAAAAGGAUUCACUGCACAAUCUUGUUGCUCGUUGCAACGUGCAGAAGUGGAGAACAUGUGGCACGCAGCUGCUGCAGCAGUAGUCGCAAGAGCAGCACAUACUACAACAACUACAUCAGCCAGUACAAGUAAUGCCAAUACAACUAAUGAACAAGCAAUGGCCGUAACAACGCCAACAAUUUUAAGGGCGAGAAAAUCUCUACCCUCCUCUUAUGGUGGUGCGAAAUUGAGCGUGAACGAAAUCAGUCGACGUUACCUGCAACCGCAUAAUUACUAUCAACGCGGUUGUCCAUUGUGUGGCAAGUUUUGCUAUGAAGUAGACGACACGUUUUCGUUGUCAACUGAAAGUGGAUUAGAUAAUCCAACAACUUGUGGCAAUAUAGCUGUAUGGGAUGUGGAAAACUUAAAAGCAAAUGGAAAUAAUGCUGUCGGUGAUAACAAUUGUAGUGCAUGCACCAUUUUUCAUAAUGCUAACAACAAUUACAACAAUGUUUUUUUAACAAAAUCUGAAAAUGAAGAAGUGACCACCGAACAAAAUAAUACAGGAACAACCUCACUACCUUUAAAUGUAAGCAACGAAAUUUUCUUUAAACCUGAGCAAAGCAUACCAUCAACAACAUUAGCACCAACAACAAUAGCAGCUGUAGCUAAAAUUGCAACAAAUAAUGAGCAAACAACAGCAACUGUUGAUGUAAAUGGCAACAACAAUGAAAACGAUACCGCUGCUACACACAAUAACGCAAAUUCAACUGAAAAUCAAAAUGACUUUAGCAUGAUGAACACAGAUUUAGAUACUAAUGCCAAUGCGUCUCUAGAACCGGCAGUUGUACCAGCUGCAACUAGUCGAACUACUACAACAUUAAAUACAGACACCCCAACAACAACAGCUGAAAAUGUUCAUACAGAUAAUUUGGAGCUAAAUUUGGAUUCAAUUAAUGAGAAUGGCAUCGUGCGUUUGGAUAUGAGUAAAAUUAUUGAUAAAACUGGGCUACCAACUUAUGAGGCCGCACUUAAACUGGAAUCGAGUGGAUAUGUUUGAAAAUGCAUAUGAAACCAUGAAGAAAAAACAGAAACUUUACUGAUACUCAAUAAACAUACAUUGAUAAUUUCACAAAUUUACACAAUAAACAUAAAUAUUAUAUUUUAGUAGUUCAAAUAGUCACGAAUGUGCU